AGAAAACACCAUGAUUGGUGUAUCAGUGGCGUAUCUAGCCGUCGCAUGGAUUGCUUUCUCUCUACGAACUAUAGUCAAGGGACGCAUCAUGCGAUCUUUUGGUCUAGAUGAUUGGCUUAUGGUUGUUACGAUGGUGUGUACUGCGACAACGAUUGGGUCGAAGAAUCAUUGUACUCACGACCCUACANNGCUUAUAUUUACAGUCGACAGUAGUCUUCUCAUUGCUGUUGGGCGAGGUCUAAAGGAUGUUGAGGUUGCGUCGAUAUAUGUGACGGCAUCUCUUGCGAUUACCUUCAACCGCAUUUUACUCGAAAAGUGGCAACGUCGAACGGUGCAAGUGACUGUAGGUAUACACACUGUAUUCGGCCUUGCGACCUUUUUCAUCAUCAUUUUCCGCUGCGGUAACCCUACGGACUUUUUUGCUCGCUACCACCACUCCAUGUGUAUCAGCUGGGACACAAUGCAAGGCGUGCAAUACACGAACAGCGUCAUCAACACAAUCGCGGAUUGGAUACUCACUCUCCUUCCUAUCUUUGCCCUUCGGAACAUGAAGAUGAAUCACCAAGCCAAGGUCUCUGCAGGCUUCAUCCUGGUGCUGGGGUGUGUGAGCAGUAUUAUGUCUAUGCCCCGGUUUGGCUUCAUUCAUGGACUCGGAGCCUCGGAACAGCAAGCAUGGGCAAUGGCAUACCCGGUAGCUAUUCUCGGUGUCACUGAAGUCGGCACUGGUGUUACUGCCGCUUGUCUGCUUACCCUACGUCCUCUGAUCAGAAGUCUGCGUGAGCGCAGUGAGCAUUCUCGUUCCUCAAACAUCUACAAGCUGGAUGAUAUGGAAGAGGCAGAGGUGGGAGAAGCUAAGGCGAUCAGUUUGAAGUCUGUGUCUGCGACUUCGGUUGUAGCCUCCAGCAAAGACUCGGUGCAUAAAGUCAAGUCUAUUCCCGCGAUGGUCGUCGUUGCAGCUAGAGAGGCAGAUACCACAUCUCAAGCCUUGUCGGUCGACACAUCACAACUCCGCAGACGUUCGUCCUGCAAACCUAUGGAUGAGAUGACACUUCACGAAGACACGAUUUCGAUCGACGAACCCAUCUCCGAACAAUCCGAUGAAGACCAAUCACAGUCCGACGAAGAGCAACCACAAGCACCACCUCUUGUGCAUCGCAUGACUGAAGACUCUGAUGUCAGGCCUUGGAAAGAACCCACCAUCGAGACAGUAAAAACACCAAAAGAUAAAAAGAGAAUGACUUGGACGGAUAUGCACGCGCAAUGGAGCGGAGCACAUACAGCCAGAACUGCCUGCCACGGCCCCGUACAACAAAAGGAAGCAACUAAGCCUAAGAGAAUUAGCAUUAAAAGGGUCUCAAGGAUAUUGGCGGAGUGGAGUUGGGAUAAAGCA